UUGAUAUUGAGCGUUGUGGGUGUAUUCUUGUGCGCCCUCCGUUCCUAUGUUUGAGGAUGUGUUUAACUUAGGUCGGAGUCGGAGUGAAACCGAGAUCAACCAAAUUUCAUCGAGUCAGGAAUCAAGCGAUUCAUUUCAAACUGUCUGUGAUGGCUGAAGAGGAGCUGGAGGCUGACUAUAUUUUAGCUGUGCCUGAGGAAAAUCUGCACUCAGAUACUCUUGUGUCCAACACAAUCACCUUGGAUGAAGAGGACAUAUUCCAGUGUGGCAGGUGUCGAACUCAGUUCUCUGCUCUGACAGACUUUGUGGUCCACAAACAGGAAGAAUGUGGAGGUCUGCCCGGCGCCAUGGUGUCGACGCUGCCCCCCGCCGCGCCCCCACCGCCGCCAUCUCCUCCGGCGCCGCCUCCGCCGUCGUCUGGCGCGGCCCGCUGUGGGGAGAAGCUGGUGCGCACGUACUGCCGCGUGGCCCCGACGGUGGCCGACCGACCGCUGACGCACGUGCCGCUGGAUGAUGACGUCACCUCGCCGCCUGGUCAGCUGUCCGAGCGUCUUAUUCUCGACAACGACGCGAUGCAGUUCUCCAUUGAAAUUCCCGACUCAGAAGUCCAGACGGUGGCCAACAUCCUGCCGCUGCGGCAGGAGGAGCCGGGCCCCGCCCCACUGCUGGCUGAGGCCGAGGAAGUGGGUCUGGCGCUUUUGGCCACGGAGCAGGCCGCCGCCGCCGGGGCAUCCCGCCAAGAACGAGUGCGACAUCUGCCACAAGGCCUUCAGCAAGCGCUUCGACCUGCAGCAGCACCGCAGGAAGCACACAGGCGAGAAGCCGUUCCGGUGCCCGGUGUGCGGGCGGUGCUUCACGCAGAAGUCCAACCUGAAGCGGCACAUCGAGUCGCACCGGGUGUGGCCGGGCGGGGCCAGGGAGACGCUGCCCACCGACCCGGCCACGCCCGACACGCAUCAAUGCCGCCACUGCCAGCAGACGUUCGCCAGCUACGCCGGCUUCAAGGCUCACCUGCGCCAGCACGCCGAGAUCAAGGUGUACCGGUGCCCCCAGCGCGAUUGCGGCGCCACGUGCGAGGACCAGGACGGGUUUCUGGAGCACCUGCGGCGCCACCACGCCGACCUCGAGUUCACGUGCCACGUGUGCAGCCACGUGUUCAGCUCGCUGCGGCUGCUCAGUGACCACGUGGCGGAGCGGCACGGCGGCCCGGCCGACGCGGACGACACCGGCACGGGACCGUCGUUCUCCUGCCCGCGCUGUCAGAGUCGGUACUGCACGCUGGCCGCGCUCGAGUACCACCUUCAGAUCAGCAGCCACAGCUACGCCUGCAAGCUCUGCUCCAAGGUGUUCAGCUCCGAGCGGUUCCUCCGACGCCACCUGCAGACGCACGCGAGCACGCCCCGACACCGCUGCACCAAGUGCGCCAAGGCCUUCAACACCAAGGGCUACCUGCGCGCCCACAUGAACACCCACAGCGAGCAGCGACAGUUCGUCUGCGACACGUGCAACAGGCGGUUCAAGCGGCGGGAUCAGCUGCGGAGGCACCAGAUGAUCCACAGCGAGCGGCGCCUGCUCUGCCCGUUCCACGCGCACAACGGCUGCUCGCGCACCUUCUCCCGCACAGACAAGCUGAACCUUCACGUGGUGACGCAUGCGGCGGCGCGGCACAAGUGCAAGACGUGCGGCAAGCUCUACAGCAGGCUGGACGCCAUGACCAAGCACAGCAAGCUCUGCGCCCGGCUGGCGCCCUGCGCCUCCUGUGGCAAGGAGCUGACCCCGGCCCAGCUGGCGACUCACGCCUGCCAGGAGGACAAGCAGCUCGAAUGCGACGUCCGGCCGCCGCCCGAUCCGCUCGUGCUGUACGUGCCCGUGCUGGAGGAGGAGGGCUCGCGCAUGGAGCUGGUGUCGGCGCUCACCAUCCUGGGCGCGGCCGACAUCGGCGGCUACGGCGAGCGCGUGCUGCUCGAGGACUCGGUGAUCGCCGCCGAGAGCGUGGACGUGGUGAUGUCGGACGUGGGCGACGGCGCCGCGUGA